AUGGUUGGAUUUCAUCGUGAUUUUUCAUGCGUUCUGCUUGCAAGUACACUGGCGCUAGCUGCUGGUGGUUUUCGCUCUUUCGACACCUGCAAAAUCCUGACAAUAGAAUUUAAACUGACAACAUUUGAUAAAUUGGACAAGGCUGAGCUUACAGCGAGUCGAAGCAGCUCUGAGGAUAGUUCUAAGUAUUGGCCAAAAUCUACUUAUUUCGAGGGAGAUAAAACAACUCAAAUUUGUGAUUUGACGGAAGGCAACAUCGUUCCACCACCCUGCAUUGGCGCCCGAUUUAACAGCGCCCUUUAUGGUCCCGAUGCUACUGGCCUCCCGAGUUUAAAACAGUGCUGCGCGUGUCGGAAAGUGUAUGUUGAGGCUGCGCCGAAACCAAAGAAACACGCUGGACGAAAUAAUCGGGAUGGAAUCAUGGCGUGCAACCGGUACUCACAACAGGAAAAUCUUUCGAUGGGACUUCACGUGUACAAGGGCUAG